AUGUUCAUUACUAACGAACACGUCGGAGAUCGUUCUAGAUUAGAAGAUUGGAGAGGUAUGUAUUAGAAACUAAAACGGCAGAAUGGGGAUAGCUAUCUGCUUUUGUACCCGCAUAUAUCUAAAACCACAACUAUAAUAGAAAAUCAUUAUGAAUUCUGAAUGACAUACUAACUUAAUGCUAUAGUCCGCGGUUACGACCCAUUGACUCCUCCUGAUUUAUUACAACAUGAACUACCAUUGCCUCAAAAAUCACAAGACACCAUCUUAAAAGGUAGAGAGGCUGCUUGUGAUAUAUUGAAUGGGAAGGAUGAUCGUUUGAUUAUUGUCAUUGGUCCUUGCUCAAUCCAUGAUCCUAAAGCUGCACUUGAGUAUGCUGGAAAAUUGUAUGA